UAAAAAGCAAAACAUACGACGCUUUCCCGUCAUAUUCAUUUCUUGCUUUGCAAAAGUCGGACGUGUCUACAACAGCAUCUACAAUGAUUUUGGACAUCCUAUCCAGAUACUCGUCUCCUGCUUAUUUGUGCCAAUAUACAAGAAGACCAGAAUUGAAAUGUUGCAUUGCUUUUUCUACAGAAGCGAAGAAAUUCAUUUCAUCGGUCUCAAAAGAAAGUAGUAUUACACCAAACAGUAAUAUCAUCUCUAACCUAGCUUGGUCUAAAGUCUCAUCACAUGCCUUUUCUGCUUCCACUUCAACCUCUGAUCUUGUAUUCUUCGCUAGCACUUCUACAAUAACUUCUGAUCUUUCAUAUUCCGUGGAAAAAUCUACCUCAACCUCUGAUCUUUCAUUUACCAACAACAGCUCUACUUCAACUUCUGAUCUUUUGUAUACCAACGACAACUCUACUUCAACUUCUGAUCUUUUAUAUACCAACGACAACUCUACUUCAACUUCUGAUCUUUUAUUUACAAACGAAAGCUCUACUUCAACUUCUGAUCUUUUGAAUACCAACGAAAGCUCUACUUCAACUACUGAUCUUUUAUAUUCCAACGAAAGCUCUACUUCAACUCCUGAUCUUUUGUAUACCAACGAAAGCUCUACUUCAACUUCUGAUCUUUUAUAUUCCAACGACAUUUGUACUUCAACUUUUGAUCUUUCAUGCAGCAACCACAGUUUUACGUCAACCUCUGAACUAUGCAAGCACAUUGGUACCAGUACUUCAACUAACCUAAUUACUACUUUCUGUCGAGAUGUGCAUACAUGUAUGUCACCUGCUCCUAUUGAUCCACCUUCUAUGAAACGAUUUUCCAAUGGAGUCACCAGGGCACAUACACCAUCACCUGUUAUAUUUAGUUCUGAUACACCAAUUUCGAAAGCAGCAACAUAUUUAACCAGUAAAAAGCUUGAUAAUAGCAGUAAUAUUUUAUCUAAGAUUGAUGGUGCCUUCUUAGAUACAAGUCCAAGACCAUCAAAGACGGCACUUAUAGUUUCCCCAGGGAUAUUUUCUCCGCCCCCUUCCUUAUAUAUAUGUCGAAUGGAGGAGUCAAAAAAACAAACACAUUAUUUAGUAUGCCCUUUUACAGGGUCGCCUAUUCAAGAUAUAAGACUUCAGGACAUUGCAUUCACGAAAGUUGGCAGCAGAGAUGAUCAGUAUAAAUGUUUGGGUACAGGUAUAACGUCAGCUGUCUUUGAAGGACGAGUUAUUAUAAACAAUUCUUUUGAAAGCGUCGCUGUCAAACUUUUCAAAGAACCGUUUGACAACCUAGAAGGGAUAUCUUCGGAAGCAGGGCUUCUAAAAAUGUUAGAAACGACAGGAAUUACGCCAAAGCUGUUCGGUAUAUUACAAAGAACCGCGGAAGGAAACAACCCGGGGAUUGUCCAAGAGUUGGUGCAGAACUCAAUAACUCUGCAUCAACUUAUUGUCGGACAAUCUCAUUUUAUAACCAAACAAAAAUGGUACAAUAUUGCAUACCAACUAGCAUUUGGUUUAAAAUCUAUAAAUGAAAAAGGUGUUUUGAUUAAUGACUUAAAGUCAGACAAUAUUUUAGUAAAUAUUAACUCGGAGGACUGUCGUAUAACUUUUAUUGACAUGGGUCAUGCUAGUUUUAUGCACGGAAAGAGAUUUCCGAUGACCACAGAAGAAGCUAGUAUUUACACCCAUCUCGCACCGGAAAUAGCUAGUGGUGAGGAAACAUCAGAAUCGUCCGAAAUAUUUGCGCUGGGUUGGAUUUUCAAAAGUAUACCUUUAAAAGAACUCUCAUUUAUUUCAAAUAAAUGUUUAUCAAAAUUUCCUCUACUUAGACCUUCUGUUUAUGAUAUACUGAAUUUUGUCGAAGAAAUAAUGUGA